UACAUGAUGUACAUUUAGUUCCCUAGAUAAAUUUGAGUAAUGGUUCUUAAGGAUUUGUACAAAUUAACAGUUGAUAGACACAAAGUAAACAAACACCUCAAAGAACUUUUGAAGAAGCAAUGGAUUGAUGGAGCAAAUUAUAGUGAACUUAAACCGAGAGGUUGACAACUAUCCUUUAUGUACGACCUUCCAAAAAUCCGCAUGUCCAAUGUUCUUUUGAGACCCAUUUUGUCCAUGAUAAAUUCACCUUGUCACAAAUUGGUUGAUUGGUUAGCAAAGAAAUUGGAACCCAUCAGAAAAAUGCUCACAAAUCGUAGCUUGAAAGAUAGAUUCCGAUUCUCUGAAGAACUGGAUAGAUUAGAUAUCUCAGAUAAAUUUAUGAUAUCAUUGGAUGUUUCCUCAAUGUUCAAGAAUAUACCAGUGGAUGAAAUAAUAGACAUAAUCUGCCAACAGACUGAUUUAUUACCACAACUCAAACAAUUACUGCUCCUCUGUACAAAAGGUGUUCAAUUCCAGUUUAAUAAUCAACUAUACUGGGAAACUGAUGAAGCGGCUAUAGGUUCACCACUAGGACCUAACCCAGCUGAUAUAUUCAUGGCUCAUCUCAAGCGAACAAGCUUGAACUCUGCGAUCAAGUAAACUACACAGUACUGCAGUUUUCACACACACACACACACACAAACCAACAAACAAAAAGACAUACAUUUCAAAGGAGAACAGCUGUUUAGACACAUUGUUAAAUUCCCAUUAAUUUUAAGCUUUUAUUCAUAACACAAGAUUCACAAUUGAAAAUAGUGAAUAGUAAUAGAGACAAAAAGCGCGCGCGCGCGUACGCACUCUCUCUCUCACACACACACAUUAACAAACAUGGAGGAAACUUUUUAGUGUAAAAUUACCGGUUUUCUAAGAUGUAGAAGAAGAAAAAGAACAAGAAUAAAUACGUUUCUUAACAAAUUAAUCGGAUUUUCCAAGUAGAUCGAAAAACAACAACAACAACAACAAACGUGUUUACACACAUACUCACAGACUCAAAAUAUAGCUUAUAUUACACACCACCAAAAUGAAACACAUGAAAGAGAUUAACAUACAAAUUAAAAUAAAAUCUGUUCGUGAUAAUAUAAUAAUCAUCAUUCAUCGAUCAAAAUUAAUUAACUUUUCUAUUUGCCAUUGUUGUUUUGUAUUCAAGAUCAAUAGUUCAAUGAAGUAGAAUGUGAUAGCGAAUUAAGGGAAAAACAUAUACAUAUAUGAAGUGCGAACGCACAUGUACGCGAGCGCGCGAAAGAUGAAGAGAGAAAUAAUAAAGAAUUACACAUUAAAAUUGUCUAAUUUUAUUAAUUAUCUC